AUGGGCAUUAAUCUGAGCGUGGAACACCACACCCUGGUGUUUGGAAUCAGUCCCUUCAUUGCCUUGAUGAUUCAGCCCAUCAUGAUGACUGUGGUUGACAACCAAGGACUGGAGCUUCCUGUUGACAUUCAGCAUAAAGUGAAGCCCUUGCCAAAAGUCAGCCAGGUGCUGUCACCUGAUCUUGGACCUCCCAGCCUCCAGAACUAUGAGCUAAAUAUGGAGAAACUAGGGCCUCGGGACCCAGGGAUGAGGAAACUUGCUGUACUGACAUGCGGGCUGGGGCCUCCGCCACGCAGCUGCACAAGCUUCAGCCUGAAACUCUCCCACACUGCCCUAAACAGACCACGUGUGAGGGAGGGAGCAUGGAAUGAAAAGCCCACAGGGAACAAGAAGCCACAAGAUCCAGUGCUCUGA